GGUGGUGGCUGCUGCUCAGCUCCUGUUCUGUCACGGUUUCGGCAGUGUCCUGCUCGCCGGCCUCCUCCCGCUUCCAGCGAGCGUGGUCACCGGACAGGCUCCCUCAGCUCUGCUCCACGGGGCCCACGGCGGGGCGCGGGUGUCCGGCGGCGGCGAGCCCGUGUGCAGUGGGGGUUAGUCCCGUGGCUCCGGCUCCCGGUGCAGAAUGGCGACGGCGGUUCGGAUGAACAUCCAGUUGCUACUUGAGGCGGCGGACUACCUGGAGCGGCGGGAGAGAGAAGCCGAACAUGGCUAUGCAUCCAUGUUACCAUACAAUAGCAAGGACAGAGACGCCUUCAAACGGAGGAGCAAAUCCAAGAAGACGAACAGCAGCAGCAGAUCAACUCACAAUGAAAUGGAGAAGAAUAGGCGGGCCCACCUGCGCUUGUGCCUGGAGAAGCUGAAGGGGCUGGUACCACUCGGGCCCGAAUCAAAUCGGCACACGACGCUGAGUUUGCUCACUAAAGCCAAAUUGCACAUCAAGAAACUUGAAGACUGUGACCGGAAGGCCGUUCACCAGAUCGACCAGCUCCAGCGGGAGCAGCGGCACCUGAAGCGGCAGCUGGAGAAGCUGGGCAUCGAGAGGACACGGAUGGACAGCAUCGGCUCCACGGUCUCCUCGGAGCGCUCCGACUCAGACAGGGAAGAAAUCGACGUUGACGUGGAGAGCACGGACUAUCUCACCGGGGACCUGGACUGGAGCAGUAGCAGCGUGAGCGACUCUGAUGAGCGGGGCAGCACGCAGAGCCUGGGCAGCGACGACGGCUACUCCAGCGCCAGCCUCCAGAGGAGACAGCUCCCGGACUCGCGCCAGACGGGCCUCGGUCUAUAGGAGACAGUGCUGGCCGCGGCUGCCUGCGGAGGGCGCUCCCCAGCGGAGCCGAUUAGGUAGUGUACUGGACUUCCCAUGAGCCCCUGCACGAAAUCUCAGUGUACCACCCUGACCAGAGUCAGCUGCGUCCCAGUUAAGAAGGAAGGAAGUGCUAGGGUUGGUGGGUUUCCGAACGCAUCCUCGAGCGGCACCUUCUCUCCGUACAAAAACAGGAAAAGAUGGGCUCCGAGUGACUGUACAUUCCAAUCACUUUGAAGCACCCAAGCCCCAGACCGAAAAACCAACUUCCAGCGCUCCGCCGGGGCCCUCCUGCGGUCCUCCCCACCAUGCGGUCAGACCGGGCCCAGCACGACUGCCCCGAGCGUGUCUGUGUUUAGGCAACUUGAAGGAGACGAGCUUGUAAAGGUGAGAUCCUGAUCUCACAACUCCAAAGGCCAGCUUUGAAAGCAGCAUUUAAGAGCACUUAGCCACAGCCCCUCCCCGCAGUGAGGACGUCUGUCCGUCAGUCCGGAAGACCUCCAGAAAACAGACCUUCCACCCACGCCCUGCCCACCCGACCCGACCCGGGCGCGGAGGGAGCAAUCCUUCUCCGUCCGACUGUGUCUUCUACAGGCCCGGUACGGUUGGUCCUCGCCAACAACGGUACAAUCUAUUUUUGUGCGAUGCUCUUGGGACUCCGCUAGCCCAGGACACACUCUCCCCUCCCAGUUGGUUGAUGCGACUUGUCUCUGGGACUUUUUUUUUUUUCGGUCCUACCUCAGAGAUAAUGAGAUCUCCAGUUCCCACUUAACACAAAGUGAUUAUGCCUCUUUCUCCCUGACCCCAGCCCAAAGAGGGACAUUUGGUCCGAUUCUCAUCUAUUUUCCUAUUGAACUUUCAGCAGUCACUGGCCUUGGCACUAGCUGAGCUAGUGGCCAUCGCCGGUGAAAGGGAAACCCACGUUUCUACUCUGCGUCCGUCCGUGCAGGAGAGGACGGGCGGCCUCGGAGCUUCCCUCUCCUUGGCAUUAGUCUUGGACAUGCCCAGAAACUUCUUGCUGGAGCCUUUGGGGGUUGGUAGUUUAAAAGGCUGAUUUUUCUUUUCUUUUCUUUUCUCUUUGGUUCUGAUUUCUCCCCGAAGUGGUCUCCCACUUUGUAGCAUUUUUAUUUAAGCUAAAACAGAGCACAUGUAUAUGUAAAUAAGACACAUGAAAUCUAUAAAUGCUAUUUAUUCAUUUUAUAUAAACUAAUGUAAUGGAAAAUAAAUUCUUAUGACUUUGUGCUUUUA